GGGAGGAGGGCUGGCACCGGAGCGCCGCUGUGUCGGUGCAAUAAAAAUGCAUCCCAUGGAACUGCCCAUGGAGAAGGACGGGACCGAGGCGCGGCAACCAGAGGAGGUGGUAAAAGCGGAGGAGGACGCCCAGGAGGCGGCAGCGGCGGCAGGGACGGCCGGGAAGUGAAAGGUCUCGCAAAGUUCAGCGGCGGCUUCGGGCGCCGAGCCCCAGGCUAGCGGCGGAGAAGCCCUCAGGACCUCUCGGCCGGGCAGCGCGGCCAGGCCGGCUAUGGUCCCCGGGUUCCCGCCGCCCCCGAGGUGCCCGGGCCCCGCCAGGCCGGUGCGCGAGGGUCACCCCACCGCCCGGCGCGGCCCCGGCCCACGGCUCCGCGCCACGGGUGCCCACUGACCAAGCCUAGCGCCCCAGGAGGAGGAAGAAAUAAAGAGCCCCGGGUUCUCCUGAGGACGGUUGCCGCUUCAUCCCACAGCCGGGAGGUCUCGGCUCCCUCCCGCAACCGCCCAGCCCGGCUGCUCCCGGCUGCUCCCGGCUGCUCCCGGCCAUGGGGAGCUGCGCGCGGCUGCUGCUGCUCUGGGGCUGCUCCGCGGUGGCCGCAGGACUGAGUGGAGUAGCUGGAGCCAGUUCCCGCUGUGAAAAAGCCUGCAACCCUCGGAUGGGGAAUUUGGCCUUAGGGAGAAAACUCUGGGCAGACACCACCUGCGGUCAGAAUGCCACUGAACUGUACUGCUUUUACAGCGAGAAUGCAGAUCUCACUUGCAGGCAGCCCAAAUGUGACAAGUGCAAUGCUGCCCACCCUCACCUGGCUCAUCUGCCAUCUGCCAUGGCAGACUCGUCCUUCAGGUUCCCCCGCACAUGGUGGCAGUCUGCAGAGGAUGUGCACAGAGAAAAGAUCCAGUUAGACCUGGAAGCUGAAUUCUACUUCACUCACCUAAUUAUGGUGUUCAAGUCCCCCAGGCCUGCGGCCAUGGUGCUGGAACGGUCCCAGGACUUUGGAAAGACAUGGAAGCCUUACAAGUACUUUGCCACUAACUGCUCAGCUACGUUUGGCCUGGAAGAUGAUGUUGUCAAGAAGGGAGCUAUCUGCACCUCUAGAUACUCCAAUCCCUUCCCAUGCACUGGAGGAGAGGUUAUUUUCAGAGCAUUGUCACCACCGUACGAUGCAGAGAACCCUUAUAGUGCCAAAGUUCAGGAACAGCUGAAGAUCACCAACCUCCGUGUGCAGCUGCUAAAACGACAGUCUUGUCCCUGCCAGAAAAAUGACCUGAAUGCAAAGCCUCAACAUUUUACCCACUAUGCAAUCUAUGAUUUCAUUGUCAAGGGCAGCUGCUUCUGCAAUGGCCAUGCGGAUCACUGUAUACCUGUUGAUGGCUUCAGACCGGUCAAGGCCCCAGGAGCAUUCCAUGUGGUCCACGGCAAGUGCAUGUGCAAGCACAACACGGCAGGCAGCCACUGCCAGCACUGCGCACCCCUGUACAAUGACCGGCCCUGGGAGGCAGCUGAUGGCAGAACAGGGGCUCCUAAGGAGUGCAGAACCUGCAAGUGCAAUGGGCAUGCUGAUACCUGUCACUUUGACAUCAGUGUGUGGGAGGCAUCAGGGAAUCGCAGUGGUGGUGUCUGCAAUAACUGUCAGCACAACACAGAAGGUCAGCAUUGCCAGCGGUGUAAGCCAGGCUUCUACCGUGACCUCCGGAGGCCCUUCUCUGCUCCAGACGCUUGUAAAAUGUGUUCCUGCCAUCCAGUUGGAUCAGCUAUCCUUCCUUUCAGCUCAGUGACCUUCUGUGAUCCCAGCAAUGGUGACUGCCCUUGCAAGCCUGGGGUGGCAGGGCCACACUGUGACAGGUGUAUGGUGGGAUACUGGGGCUUCGGAGCCUACGGCUGCAGACCUUGUGACUGCGCGGGAAGCUGCGACCCUCUCACAGGGGACUGCAUCAGCAGCACAGACAUAGACUGGUAUCAUGAAGUUCCUGACUUCCAUUCCAUGUAUAAUAAGAGCGAGCCAACCUGGGAGUGGGAGGAUGAGCAAGGAUUUUCUGCACUUCGACACUCAGGUAAAUGUGAAUGUAAGGAACAGGUGUUAGGAAACUCCAAGUCAUUCUGUGGAAUGAAAUAUUCAUACGUGCUAAAAAUAAAGAUUUUAUCAGCUCACGAUAAAGGUUCUCAUGCUGAGGUCAAUGUGAAGAUUAAAAAAGUCUUAAAAUCUACUAAAUUGAAGAUUUUACGAGGAAAGCGAACAUUAUAUCCAGAAUCAUGGACGAACAGAGGUUGCACUUGUCCAAUCCUUAAUCCUGGUUUGGAGUACCUUGUAGCUGGGCAUGAGGAUGUAAGAACGGGCAAAUUGGUGGUGAAUAUGAAAAGUUUUGUCCAUCACUGGAAACCAUCUCUUGGAAGAAAAGUUAUGGAUAUUUUAAAAAAGGAGUGCAAGUAACAAUAAAGGUGUACAGCACACAAUGGCACUUGUCUAUGUACAAAACACAAACUUAAUGAAAAAGAAACCUCAAAAACAAAACUGGAAAAUUUUUAAAGUGCCAAAAUGUGGAGAAAUGUUCAAAUAUGUGGGCAUUGUCUAAUCUAUGUGUUCUGGGCCCAUGUUUAAAUAGAGUUUUGUUUCGUAAAGAGGAAUGAAACCCCCUAUGCUGGUUUCUAUUUUCUAUGGACUGAUUCUGAAAGUCUGAUUAUCAAGGAUGUUUCAAUAGCAGCAUGAUAUUCAGCAGUAACCCAUGAAGGGCAGGACUUCUAAUAAGGACUCCCCCAACUUCAGGUGUGUUACCUACAAGUGAUGCUACUUAAAGUAAUUCAUGAGAUUUUAAGGGAUCCCCACCCACACUUACUAUAAGGAAAGGUAUUUCUUAAAAAAGAGCCUUCCCUUGUAUGAAGUGUAUGAACUUAGGUCUGUGGGAUGCCAAAUGGAACCUCUCCACAUGUAUAUAGUAUUUCCUUGUAUAAAGCACUUUACCAACUACCACUUGCAUUGUGAAAAUUUGGAGACUGGUGUUGACAGGAAGAAAAGAAAAGGGCUUGUUUAAAAAAAAAAAAAUCUGCUGAAACAGAAGCACUGCCACUACACGUGGAAGAAGUGACCUAUAUAAUGAAGAUGUGCUAUUUAACUCCAAACACUUGGAGAAUCUAUGUGAAGAUACAACCUGAAAGGAGUACACAUUUUCAUGAAGUCUCAGCUUUGGGCUAGAGGUUAGAUUCCAAGAUGCUGACCGUGGUGAAACUUUUUAAAAAACUAAACAAAAAGACUUUAAAAUAAAAGGAAGAAAUCAUUAAGUGUAGAAGUAUGUUUUCAUAAAGGGGAAAUGGACUUUUUACAUUUUAAAAGCCUCAUUUAUUUGCAAUGCACUUGUAUACACUUCAAAAAUUAUUGUAGACACUGAGUUUGUUAUAUUUUUGUGUUUAGUAUUUAAGCCUGAACAUGAAACAGUUCUACUCCUUGUCUUUAUUAACAGUGUAGAGUCAUCAUAUUUACACAUUUUUAAACACAAUGUAUGUGAUAGUUCACCAAAUUACAGUUUUUCAUUAGUUUUCGUCUUUUACCCCUGCAUAACCACUAUCCAUACAGUUUCUUCUGUACUUGAAUAUACAAAACAUGAACCACAGUGCCAUAAGAUUAAAUUCACAUACAGAACAUAUUGUUUUCCUGAGGUCCUGUGGACUUGCAAAAGAUAUACAUAUAUAUUGCUUUGUUAAUUUGUUUUUAUAUUUCAUAUAUGUAAUAAAGGAAUAUGAUCUCCCAA